AUGUCGACACCGGCCAAGCGCAGACUCAUGCGAGACUUCAAGGUACGUCUCAAUCCUUUCCCCAUUUUCCUUUUCCUUGUACUAACACAUAUGCUCCAGCGAAUGCAGCAGGAUCCACCCAGCGGCGUCUCAGCGUCGCCUCUCCCCGACAACGUGAUGAAAUGGAACGCCGUGAUAAUAGGCCCGCUGGAGACGCCCUUUGAAGACGGCACAUUCCGCUUAGUCAUGCAAUUCGACGAGCAGUACCCCAACAAGCCGCCCGUGGUGAAGUUCAUGCUGGAGAUGUUCCAUCCGAACGUGUAUGCGCUGGGCGAGUUAUGUUUGGACAUUUUGCAGAAUCGAUGGAGCCCCACUUACGACGUGCUGAGUAUCUUGACUUCUAUCCAGAGCUUGUUGAACGACCCCAAUAUCUCGUCUCCUGCCAACGUUGAGGCGGCGAAUCUAUACAAGGACCAUCGAAGUCAGUAUGUCAAACGGGUACGAGAAACUGUUGAGACGAGCUGGAACGAUGAGAGCUCCGAUGAGGACGGGGACGAGGAUGACGAGGAAGAGGAUGAAUAA